AUGUUAAUGUUUUAUAUUAUAAUGUUAAUUAAUUGUAUUAAUGCUGAACACUAUGAUUGUAUUCAAAUAGGACAUGAAUUUGAAGAUGGAUUUGAAAGUGGAAAAGAUAAACAAUGUGAAUCACUCUCAAACAAUUAUUCAUAUUAUUUUAACAAGAAUUUCACUUACUCUGAUUUAGCUUUCAAUUGUAACAGAACAUAUCUUGAUGGUAAGUUCACAAUGACAAGUUCAUUUGAUUACUGGGAUGCAAAUGUUAUUGAAGUUAUGGAUAAAUCUCAAUUACUUUAUAUGGAAGAUUUCAUACAUAUAAUGAAUUUAUCUUUAGAAAAAAAUUUAUAUUAUUUUGGAUUGGUCAUUGAUUAUAUUCAUCUUUUUAAAGAUGGGGAAUCUAUAAACAAAUUUAUAAUUAAUAAUCCAGUUAAUAAUAAACGAUGUUUUGAUGUGACGUCAUUUAAUGAUAACAGUGCAUUUGAAAUUAAUAAAAACCCAAAUGAUCAUUAUUUACCAGAAGAUUUUAAGAAUGGACUUGAUAUGUCAGAUGGUAAAGCAUAUUUAAUAUCAAAUAAUAGAUUAAUGAGAUUUUGUCCAAAUGGAAUUGAUUUAGAUACAAGUGUUACUUGUACAAUGAAUGGUAAUAAUUAUAAUUUAUCAUAUUCAGGAAAUGGUAAUCAACUAUUCAAUUAUCCACAUUGUCAAUGUGAUGAUAGUGGUGAAACUGAAUGUAUUCUUAAUAUUCAACAAAAUUUAAACACAGUAGAUUUUAAUAAUAAUAUUAUUAAAUAUACAACUCUUAAUAUUGAUCAUGAUAUUAUAUUAUAUAAUUUUAUUUCAGAUAAACAAAUUAAUGUUAAUGAUGAUAUUACAUUAUUAAUAGCACCUGUUUCAUCAAUCAAAGAGUAUACUCAAAAGAUAUAA